AUGAAUUCCGAGGAAUCGGCAGCAAGUAUUUUCAUGUUUACUGAACGAAAGCCGGCACCACCACCCCGAAGUGCUUUCGUGGAAUUCUUCAGGAGCAAACUUCUAUGCCGGAAGGACGACCCUGAAGAAGAGCGUAAAGCUUUACUGAAGAAGAAAGGAGGCUAUAGGAUCACCUAUACAGGGCUGAGCGAACAUCGGAGGAAAUAUGUGGCUGAUAUUUACAUCACGUUGAUCGACCUGGAAUGGAGGUAUGCUAUUGCGGUACUGUUCAACGUCUUCCUUGUGACGUACUUGGUGUUUGCGUUCUUCUGGUGGCUCAUGGCCUACAACAAUGACGACUUCGCCAACCUGGACAAUCCGGAUCACAUUCCAUGUCUGCUAGGCGUCAAGUCGUUCGCUGGCGCGGUUCUGUUCUCCAUUGAAACGCAGACGACAAUUGGAUACGGGUAUGCUUACCCUAACGCGCACUGUGCUGGAACAUUACCCUUAAUCUAUCUGCAAGUCACGCUGGGAUUUUUCUUAGAGACAGUGCUCCUUGGCUUCAUCUUUGUGAAAAUAGCCCGCCCUAAAUACCGUGCUAAUACCAUCAUCUUUAGCAAGAACGCUGUGGUUUGCCAGGAAAACGGCCAACUCUGUUUGCAGAUCAGAGUGGGAGAUUUGAGGAAAACACAUCUUGUGGACGCUCACCUUACUGCCAUAAUGGUUCGCAAGAAAACGACAGAAGAGGGCGCUGUGUACCCACUGUUCCAGUACGAGGUCGAGAUGGAGGCGAAUGGAAUGGGCGACAGGAUCUUCCUCCUCUGGCCCCUCAUCAUCACCCAUAAGAUCGACGACAACAGUCCUUUCUGGGACAUCAAGCCAGCCGAUCUUUGUUCGGAGAAGUACGAGCUCCUGAUCUUCCUGGAGGGAACAGUUGAAGCUACCGGGGAGGUGUGUCAAGCCAGGACCUCGUACGGCCCUAAGGAAAUCCUUUGGGGUCACAGAUUCGAGAGAGUCGAAGAAUACGAUCUGGGUAUGAAAAGGUGGCAUAUUGACUUCACCGGGUUUGACGACGUUGUGUAUUGUCAGAACCUACGUCACAGUGCAAAGGAACUCUCUCAGUACGCCGGCAGCACCCAGAAACUUGAUACAACAGGGAUCUCGAAACGCAAGUCUUCAGAACGACCCGCCCCAAACCCUCUCUCCCUCAACACCGGCGUCCGGUACGACAUGACGAAUUUAAAUGGUGCCCAGAAUAUGGUAGAAAGCAGCAAUGGAGCAGCCCUUCUCACCAACGAAGAUGAGACAUCAACUUAG